AAGUGAUAGUUUUUAUUUUUAUUAAAUAAAAUAUAAAUUAAAUAACAAUAUUAAAUUAAAAACAAAUUAAAAUGACGAGUCCUGACGAUGCUUUGGCAGUAGCUAAUUUUCGGGAAUAUUUACAAAUACCGAGUGUACAGCCGAAUAUAGACUAUGAGCCAUGUGUGAAAUUUCUACAAAAGCAGGCUGCCUCUUUGAAUUUGCCUAUCCAGGUUCAUUAUUGUGUACCAAAAAAGCCAAUUGUUAUUAUAACAUGGCCCGGUCAAGAUCCAACUUUACCAUCUGUUAUGCUUAAUUCUCACAUGGAUGUUGUUCCUGUUUUUGAGGAUUUCUGGACUUAUCCACCUUUCUCGGCUCAUGUAGAUGAAAGUGGAAAAAUAUAUGCUCGUGGAUCUCAAGAUAUGAAAUGUGUUGGUAUUCAAUUUAUAGAAGCAGUACGAAGACUUAAGAACGAAGGAGUUACUUUGAAAAGAACUAUUCAUAUAAGUUUUGUACCAGAUGAGGAAAUUGGUGGACAUGAAGGCAUGGGAUUGUUUGUUAAGACAAGAGAAUUUCAAAACUUGAAUGUUGGUGUUUCAUUAGACGAAGGCAUGGCUAGUGCCAAUGAAAUUUAUCCAUUAUUUUAUGGAGAAAGAAGUCUUUGGCAUGUUCAUAUUCAUUGUCAUGGUGAUCCUGGUCAUGGAUCUUUGAUAUUGGAAAAUACUGCAGGAGAAAAAAUGAGGUACAUAAUGGACAAGUUCUUCGAUAUGAGAAAGGAACAAGAGGACAUAUUGAAACAGAAUCCUAGUUAUAAAUUAGGAGAUGUUACAACUAUCAAUUUAACAAUUUUAAAGGGUGGAGUACAAAGUAAUGUUAUCCCUGAAGUUUUGACGGCAGUUUUUGAUAUACGUAUUACACCAUCCUUAGACCACAAGGAAUUGGAAGAAAAGCAGAUACGAAAAUGGUGCAAAGAAGCUGGCAAGGAUGUUGAAAUAGAAUUUGAACAAAAAGAACCACUGAUAGCAAACACUGAACUGAAUGAAAGCAAUAAAUUUUGGACAGCAUUUAAAAGAGCUACUGAUGAAAUGGGACUUGUUCUUGAACCACAAGUUUUUCCAGCUGCAACAGAUAGCAGAUAUAUAAGAGAAAUUGGACUGCCGGCUUUUGGUUUUUCUCCCAUGAAUAACACGCCAGUAUUGCUGCAUGACCAUGAUGAAUAUUUAGAUACAGAAACUUUCCUUCGAGGUAUCACAAUAUUCAAGAAAAUUAUUCAAAAUGUUUCUAAUGCUGAAUAAAUUCUAGAAAUAAGACCAAAAAAAUUUAUAAAUAUGUUUUGAUUUUUAAAUUUUAUAUUUUGUUAUCUAACUUGAUAUCAAUUUUUAUCUGUAUAUAAAUACAAUAAAAUUGUA